UUGACGUUUUGUUUUAUCUCCUUUCAACGUCACAUCACCAGUUCGACUGUUCGAGGCAACAAGCUGGUGCAUUUGUUGGUGAAAAUUUGCUGUUUUAUUCACCGUUCGAUAGAUCCACACGGUUCCACGCACCAUGGGAGUUCCGAAAUUCUUCCGCUACAUUAGCGAGCGCUAUCCGUGUCUGAGCGAGCUGAUUCGCGAAAAUCAGGUUCCUGAGUUCGACAAUCUCUAUCUGGACAUGAACGGCAUCAUUCACAACUGUUCACAUCCCAAUGACUCAGAUGUGUUCUUUCGAAUUUCGGAAGAGAAAAUCUUCAGCGACAUAUUCCAUUAUUUGGAAUUUCUGUUUCGGAUGAUCCGUCCACAGAAGCUAUUUUUUAUAGCUGUUGAUGGGGUGGCCCCACGGGCCAAGAUGAACCAACAGCGAGGUCGUCGGUUUCGAUCGGCUCGCGAAGCCCAGGAGCAGAUCGAGCAAGCCGAAAAGAAGGGAGAAGUUUUGCCAACGGAGGCUAGAUUCGAUAGCAAUUGUAUUACGCCCGGCACAAGCUUUAUGGUUCGGCUCCAGAAAGCAUUGGAGCACUUCAUCAAGGUUAAGGUUAGCACAAAUCCCUUGUGGAAACACUGUAAAGUGAUUCUGAGUGGACAUGAGACUCCCGGAGAGGGAGAACAUAAAAUUAUGGAAUACAUUAGGUAUGCCAAAGCUUCACCGGGUUUCGAUUCUAAUACGCGUCACUGUUUGUACGGUUUGGAUGCUGAUUUGAUAAUGCUGGGUCUAUGUACCCACGAAAGGCACUUCUCUCUGCUAAGAGAAGAGGUAAAGUUUGGUAAAAAUGAUAAGAAAUCGAGUAUCGUUGAGGAGACUCGGUUCUACUUGCUACACCUGACAUUGAUGAGAGAAUAUUUGGAGUUGGAAUUUGCCCCGGUGCGAGAAAAGUUGAAAUUUGAGUUCAACAUCUACAAACUGAUAGACGAUUGGGUCCUGAUGGGCUACAUGGUGGGCAAUGAUUUCAUUCCGCAUCUUCCGCAUUUGCACAUCAACGAGAAUGCACUGCCGACUCUACUCCAAGCCUACAUGGACAUCCUUCCGUCGCUCGAUGGAUACAUAAACGAAGGAGGAAUAUUGAAUAUGCCCAGAUUGGAGGCGCUUAUGAACCGGCUGGCACGAUUGGAUAGGGAUGUGUUCCUCGAAAACUACACUGACUUGAUAUAUUACAAGUCCCGACGAGGACCCAAUGAUACGGAGGCAUUUGAUGUAACUAUAGACGAAAUUAAAGCAGCAUCCGAUGUGGACUGUGAUCUCUCGGCGCUUAUCAAAGCUUCGGAAGAUAUGUUCAUGGAUGACGAAGAAUUGGAACCUCCAGGUGACAUCGUUAAUGAUUCGGGAUUCUUCGAAAAAGAAUUCACAGCGUUCAAAAGAAACUAUUACAUCACCAAAAUGGGCUACCUAGAUUUUAACGAGGAAAUCCGCGCCGAACAAACGGAAUGCUACAUCCGAGCCCUCCAGUGGACCCUUCUCUACUACUACCGCGGUGUGCCGUCAUGGGCUUGGUACUAUCCCCAUCACUACGCACCGUUCAUCAGCGAUUUGCGCAACUUUAGCAACUUGAAAAUUGAUUUCGAUCUAGGAAAACCAUUCCUGCCAUUUCAGCAACUGCUAAGUGUCCUACCAACAGCUAGCAAGAACCAUCUACCCAGUGCAUACCACAAGCUGAUGAUGGAUCCGGACAGCCCCGUGGUGGACUACUACCCGGAAAAAUUCGAAACGGAUCUCAACGGGAAGCAGCAAUCGUGGGAAGCGGUUGUUUUGAUUCCAUUCAUCGACGAAAAACGGCUUCUCAAAGCUAUGGAACCGUGUGAUGCAUUCCUGACGGAUGAGGAAAAGCAACGGAAUGUGCACGGCCCGAUGAUGAUGGUACAGUACGAUUCCAAAGGUAUGGAACUUUUGCCAGCCAACUACGGGUUCGAUGAGAUCAAACAAUUGACAGUGAAAGUGACGGCAAUUUUCCUCGACGAGCUGCGCGUUGCAAGUAAUAAGCUUGUACUCGGACCAUCGAAAGGUGCGAUCUUGGAUGGAUACGUGAAAGGCUUUCCGACUAUGAAACAUCUGCAGUUCCACGGCAUAAUCAAGGAAGCACGUGUAAGGGUGUUCAAUUUCCCGAGUAGGAACUCGAGUAUGGUAGUGGUCAUCGAUCGGCCGGUGGGUGCCAGCGAUAAACCAUUAAAAGUAUUGGCCCAAGAAUUGCUUGGUCGUAUCGUGUACGUCAGCUGGCCACAUCUGACGGAGGCCAAAGUAGUCAAGGUAGCUGACGCCAAGCAGGUAUUCGAAAGGGACCGUGAACCAUGGGAGAAUAAUGACAAAUUUUUCGGCACCUGGGUCAAGGCUAUCAUCGAACAUCACAACAACCGGUUGGCGAUCGAUUUGGGUUAUAUCGAUCAGUUGGUUCAUGUGAAAACAUGUGUUGGCAGCGAGUAUGUACUGAAGGAUAAUCGCUACGUACUGAAUAAGCUCUGGAAUGUGCAUGAAACCAUGUACCCGGUGCAGUCGAUUGUGACGGAUCUGCAGGAAGCUCUAAAGACGUUGAAACCUUACCAGGAAAUUAACGAAAUGUUUCCUGAGAACUGUAUUGUCUUUCUGCGGGCUACGCAGUGGUACGGUAGUUUGGGUUACGUGAUCGAUGUAACCGCUGGACAUAAGCGAAUCAAAACGCGAUUUGAAAUUCACGAGGAACCCGAUCUGAGUAAAGUCGUAGACAUCAAUGAAGAAGCCAAGAGUCAAUAUCUGACUAUGCAGGAUGCUGCUUCGAUGAUUGGAAUAUCGGCUAAUUUGCUGGGCAGACUAUCGUCGACUAUAUUCAUGUUGAAGGGACCGAGAAGAUCGGUAAAUAUAGAUGAAGGUGGCAAACAGAAUAUUGGGCUGCAGCUUAGAAUGGUCACACAGGAUAUAGAAACAGUAGGAUACACUAGGAAGGUGCACAAAACUUGGAUGUUUUCGGAGAAAGUUGUCGAACUGGUGAAGAGCUACCACGAAAAAGUUCCUCGUUUGUUUGAACGUUUGGAGCAUUUCGGAAGGGGCGAUAUUCUUUUCGAGGGAGAGGUAUUCAGUGAUAACAAAGACGAUGAUAUAGGAAUGAAAGAGUUGAUAGCGUGGAUCAAGAGUCAGGAUCAUGCUAAAGCAGAGAAACGAUCAUGUGGUACAGUGAUGCUGGAACCCAAUGCCGUAGAAGCGUUGGUAAAUAUAGUGAAUGAACAGGCAAGCAAAUUGCCAACGAUACAGACGAUGUUUGUUCACCCGAAAGACCUGUACAAACCGGGAAUGAAGCAGGCCAGAAGUAUAGACCAUAAAGCCAACUAUGAGCUGCUCGAUCGUGUAAUCAUUGCUCGGGAAACUGAAGUUGUGCCUUUGGGCUAUAGGGGAACCAUCAUCGGGGUUCACCUGGCCAAAGACCCGAAUCCCGUUCGUCAGGAGAGCGUCAUUGCCGAAGGGGACAAAUAUCUUGAUGUAUUAUUCGAUAAGGAAUUUCCCAAUGGCGUACAAGUGUUCGGUAUAGCCGCCACUAGAAACCGCGUCGUUCGGGUUGCGGAAGGAGCCGUGUUGAACAUCUCGUUCGGUACAGCAGACUUGGAGUACAAACAAGUCGACCUGGCACAACCAAUCAUCAUGCCGGCGGAAGAAUUCAUUGCACGCAGUAAUCAGCCGUCACAACACCACCAGAAAAAAUAUGACGUGGUUCGCAUGCAUCCCCAGAAACCCACCCUGACGGCGGAAUCCAUCAAGAAACGCCUCAAUGAACGAAUAGAAAAAAAUAACCCAAACAAGGCUUUCGUUCAUGCCAAUAGGAAGCCAUUGGAAGAAAGCGUAGUAUCGGAUCCCAACUCACAGACUUCCUGUGAUUUCGGCAAGCUGUGGCACAAGCUGAAGGAAUCCCCGCAAGUACCGUCCACUAUCGAUGACCGGGAUAUGCAGAGCUUCCUAGUGAAAAAUGUGGCACCUCCUCUGCCGCCCAAGACGCUUGAAGUUACAGCAUCGAAAUCAACUGAUAAUAUGGUGAAUGAAAAUUCGGUGACAGAUCCUUCGGAUAUGCUGCGGAAGAUGCUCAGAAUAAACUCCACCGGACAGGAGGAGAACGUCACAUCGCCUACUGUACUUAAUGGGGUGGCUCCUACCACUAACGACAGCCCAUUCGUAUUGCAAACAAACGCUCCUACAGCUCAACCGGUGGUAAACAUUCCCAUGCCAAAGAAUUUGCCAAAACCGCCAUCAUCGUGGAGGUCACCCAAAAAGUCGCCCAGCGAUGGUCAAAGUGCGCAACCAAAACAGCAAAACUCCACCAUCAACACAUGCACGAAUCCUCCUCCAACAGUGAAGGAGGGCCCGAAGCCACAACCCCGGGUAACGAUUCCACACCACUACCCACAUGUGCCUCAGCAUGCUCCGCCCGUUAUGCACCAUCAGCCGCCAUUCAUGCAGAUUCCUCCGUUCAACAUUCCGCACAACAGAAUCUACCCAACAGGACCACCAAUGCCGGGGUAUCCGAACCAACUGCAUCCAAUGCCUCGCUAUCACCAUGCCCCCCAGCUAAUGCCGAUGCACCAGCAGCCGCAACAAUUGUACAAGCCCCAGUAUUCUAAUAACAUAGGCAACGGAUCCAAUAACAACCAGCGCCAACGGGGUCCAAAAGGGCCUCAGAACCUCAGUUACAAUCGAAAUACACCCGCAGGAACCGGAGCAUUCGUACCAUUGCAGGCAAUUCUCAAGUCCAAGAACCCUAGCAACAAUUCCACAACAACAACCGCGGCCUCGGCCGCCAAUGCAAGCAAAAAGCAACCGACCCAUGCCAACCCAUCAGCAACGGCAUUUGCUCAGAAAAAUGCCGAACACAGGCAAAUGGUAGAACAGAAACAGGAAGAGGUAAAGCAAAGCUUUGCAACAUUCCUGGCCGCCGAUAAAAAGGCUAAUGAAUCUGUGAUCUCUGAUAAGUCGGUACCGAUGGAAGCAAAAAGUGAUAAAUCCGAAGCGAAACAAGGUGAACAUAUUUCGAAGUCGAUCGAACAAAACUCGUCCACCGCAGCUCCACCGAAACAACGGCAGAUGAGAAUCGCUGCCAAAUUCUCUCAAGUGGAAUAAGACGCGUUUCUCCCUUGUAUCGAGAUUAUCGUUUUUAGAACUAGGUAAGAUCAUUUUUUAAUAACACCAAGGUGUUGACCUUUCUUGAUUCGUGAUCUGUAUCCAUCAUACCAAACGUUGCAAGAAGAAUUUGCAACAACCGAGCUCCGAAAGAUGGAAAAUCUAAUUCAAAUAAAAUUAUGGCGUUCAGAAUUAACAGGACCUAACUGAAAUUUUGGAGCAAGAGGUUUGUCAUGAUUUAAGUAAUAGAUAUAUGUUCAAA